AUGCAUCCCUCGCCUCUCCAGCGGACCCUCCUGGUAGUGCUGCUCAUAAAGUUCCUUUCCCACGCACUGAGAAAUUAUAAGAAGGUUAAAGUGAGGCCAUAUAUCCAAGUAUGGCUAAAGAGGAAACACCCCUGUUAUUCUAUCCGACGGGAAAAGAAAAAGGCGAGAUGUUUUUUCACCGGGAGGAAGACGAAAUGGUGCAGCUCCUUCGAGUUGUUCAGCGAGCAUGUGAAGGAUAGGGAUGGGAAUCGUGGAGAUGACGAGGAGGAGGACAACCUAGACCAUGACAACCCCAACGAUGGGGACCUGCGAGACGAUGAAAUUUCUUACGAGGAUGUUGAAGAAUAUCUGAAGAAGAACAAUUUUGAAGAUGCCAGAGAAGAUAAUGAGGGGAAAAAGGAAAUUAUUAAAUUAAUUAACUAUCUGCCAACCCUAAAAAAUGAAGAAGAAUUUUUUUCCAAGUUUGGCUACUCCAGUAGCGAGAAAAGGUCUAUGGAGUAUUACUUUAAUGAAAUGAAAAAUUUGAAGGAGAGGAAGCAGAAGAAGAAUCACAACAUUUUAAAUUUUAUUCUGUCAUAUUAUUUGAAGAGAAAAAAUGCGAAUGCGCAGAGCGCCUUGAGGAAUUACCAAAGUGUGCAGUCUUACUAUGACUACAUUAAUGACGUGAUGCACAACCGAGCCCAGCCAUCCAAGAAGGACAACAUCUUUUCGCGGAAGACGCUGUGCAAUUUUAUCUCCUUCUACCUCAAAAACGCAAACAUCAUAAAGUACGCGUCCUUUCUCUGCCUUAGCGGACUGUUGACCUUCUCCUUGAAGACACUCAUAAGGCGCAUCAAGCUGGAGGAUAUCUUUCUCCUAAGAAACCACUUUCACUUGGUGUACUCACUAAAAAAUAUGCAUGUGUGUAAACUAGUGGCCUUUUCCUUGCUGAUGAAUUUUUUAUUCAUAAAUAAGUACAAUCAAUAUUUCUGCGUGACUGAAGAUUUGUUCGGUAUAUUAUUUUCCAAUUAUUUUGCCUACGAAGGGAUAAAUAAUUUGACCAAAAGGAAGAUCGAGGAUUUCAUGCUCAAGUACAACUACACCCUGGAUGAUGUUUUAAACUCCAUGAAUGAAAUUUUUUCGCAUUACUUGUAUAGACAAAUAUGCACAAAUGAAACGAUAGAUGGAGAUGUGCUUGUUGUGUUGAAGUCCUUUCAACAAGGAAAAUAUAAUAUUAUCAGCCUCGUGGCAAACAAGUACAAUGCGCACUUUGCCGAGAAGGGAGAAAAUAGGGACUCUGUUCUUUCGCGAAUUUUUUACAUUUUUUAUUUGUUGAAUGUUAUGUUUAAGUACGACGUGGAUUCCUUGGAGAGGCUGAACCUCCACCGUGGGAACAGUCUGAACAUUCCCUUCUUCGCGCGGCGCAACCGGAUCUCUAGCUACUUCCUCCUGGCUCACAUCGCACAGCAGAUGGGGGUCAAAGAAAAAACGAUCAACGACAGUUUGCUCGAAACGAUGAAGGGAAACUACGAGGCACACAUCCGUGGGCUCCUCAGUAACAAGCAGAACUCCAGUAGUGUCCUGGAGGACGUGAAAAAAAUGGACUUCCUGACGUUGGAUGAUUCCAUUUUGGAGGACGUGCACAAGGAAAUUUUCGUCAGCAUACUUAAAAGGAUCAUGGAAGAUGGUAAUUACGAACCUGUUUAUUUUGUUGCCCGUGAGAAGGAAGGUAAAGUCGAGGCGACUGCGCUGGGAAGUGCGCAUGGCAAGGUGGGUGGAAAGUCCAUAGGUGAGGGGGGCGACAAAUUGGGAGCAGAAGAUAGUGUCGCCCAGCAGUAUGACGAGACGGUUGACCAGUAUGACGAGGCGGCAGAUCAGUAUGACGAUGCCGCUAACCUGGAUGACGCCGCUGACCUGGAUGACGCCGCUGACCUGGAUGACGCCGCUGAUCUGGAUGAUGCCGCGAUAGACGACUCGGAUGACAACAUGUACAGACACCUGGAGAACAGCGUGGACUACAUCGUGAAUGAAGACGCGGCUAAAUCUGGGGAAAAUGAAGACAAGAAAGGUAUCAUUGCGGAGAGAGAAAAAAGGGAGCUGGAGGAAAAGAAGCUUUUCUUGAACAAAUGGGAUGACAUAAAUUUUUUGAGGAAGUAUUUACACAUGGAUAAAAAAUACAUGGAUAAAUAUUUGGAAAAGUACCUGCACGAUUAUAUGUACAGGGAGUACAAAAUUUUGAUUAACAAUUUAAUUUUUAAAAAAAUGAAGGACAAAAAUGAUCAUUUAUUUUUUUUGAAAAAAGGAAUAUCCAUAUCGAAUAGCGCAACGGAGAAUAUAAUAAAAAAUAUUCUGCUAAAGUUUGUGAUUAAGACGAAGGAAAACAUUGGCAUAUUUUUGAAGCUGAAAAAUAUGGAGAAGUGUCUACGGCUUAUACAAAAUUUGAUCUAUGUGUAUAAGAAGAUAAAGAAGAAAAAAAAAUUCUUGAAGGUUCCCAGCGACGAUUUUUUUAGCCUCGACGAUUUGUUCGCGUGUAACUGUUAUAGGGCGCUGGACGGGACCGGCGAGGGGGAGGGAGCGGCGAAAGGGGAAGCAGAGGGAGGAACACCUGGGGAAGGGUCAACCGGGAAAGGACCACCCGGGGAAGGACUAGCUGCUAACGGAUUGCCCCCUGACGAACUUGCUGCUAACGACGAACUUGCUGCGAACGGAUUAUCUCCGGACGGACCAGCGGAGGAAGCCCUUCCCACCGAAGCAGACGAGGAGGAGUUCCUCAAAAGGAUAAUCUACAAAGAUCACCUUGAGGGAGAGGACGGAGGAGAUGGAAAAGACGGCAUACUCUCCCAAGAGGAACGAAAAAAAUUGUACGAAGAAUUUGUAAUAAAACACAUGAAAAACCAGUCAGAAAGAAAAAUCCUGAAAAUAAUUUUUAAUUUAAAUUACGAUCAGGUGGACAGGGAGGUAGAGGAUAACAUCAUCAAACGGUUCUUAGACAAAAUAUGCACAAAGUAUUUAAGCAACAUGAAAGAAGUGGACGAUAGGUACAAAAUUAUAGGACAAGAAAAUUUGUUGGAUUAUAAAAAUAUCAAUUUUAUGGAGUCCCUGGAGAGGGAGAAAUCCAAAAGGGGCCACAAAAAAGGGGGAGAAAGAAGCAUCCCCGCCAAGGACAGUUUCGUCAUUCGGAAGGAAGACAUUUUCGAGCACAUCGAUGAUGACUCAUUUGAAGAAAUUUGCAAAAAAAUGUACAUAAACAAAAUUAAAGAAGCAAAAAAAAACCUAUACCACAUGAGAAAAAAUUUAUAUAUGCAUGAAAUUAUACUGAACAUAAAAAACGCGCAAGAAAUACACGACGUUUUCCUCAUUGAUGAAUAUGAAAAAAUGAUUACAGAUAUUAUAAAAACGAAUAUAUUGAAUAAAAAUUAUAAAAAUAUAAAAAAUGUGUAUUUAAAAAAAAUUGUUAACUUUUUAAAUUUGUCCGACGAAAAAGCAGCUGACGUUGAAAUGAGGUGCAUUUUUUUGCAGACUUAUGAAAUAUUUUCCGCGGUGAAGGAGAACUUCUAUAUUUACAGAAGCGACUCCGAUUUCGUGAAUAACAUUAACGAGAUUCUCACGAUAUACAGAAACUUCGACCUCAUUAGGUCCAAGGGACAGCAGUACUAUGUCAAGUUUUCCCUUAUCGAGUCCAACUACAAUUUGCUACAUCGGAUCAUCGAGCGCUAUGUUCUUUACGUCAUUGACUUGAUCAACGACGAAAACAGAUCCCUGUACAAGGAGAAUAUCUUUCUACUCGCCGCAAUUUUCCGCGUCAGCCCUGAGAUCAUCGAUGAGAUUGCCACGCGGAUAUACAAGAAAUACAUCGAGGGCCAAGACCUGCACGCCAUCAACAACAUGGACGCCUUUUUCAGUUUCCUUUUUAACAUGGACAAAGAGAGGCAGUGCGAGAUAGUCCUGGAGCACUUGAGAAAAAAAGUGAACACCUUCUUAGCCUCCGGGGAAGGGUUCCAGGAGAGGAUGCACAAAUUGUAUGACGUGAUUUUCUUCAUAAAUAACAACUUGCAGCUACGGAAGAAUAUUUUCGAGGUGUCCUCAGUCGAUGCGGAGGCUGUGUAUUCUUUCUUAACUGCCUGCGUUGAGGAGUAUCUGCAUGCCAAGAAGACGGAGGCGUUCAUUUCGGAGCACCGCGAUUACCUAAACCACUUGAACAACUAUCUGAGCAAAAUCAAGACGCUCAUAAAAGGGAAUCAAGAAAAUGUGCACAUGAGUCACGUCAUGAAUGUUUUGUAA